AUGUUCGGGGGCCAAUACCGCAGCGUCAGCCAUGUGAUCAACCAAAGCCGUCUUGGGGACCUAGAUGGAUCGGGGAAGUCGACGAGCCCUCGGAGUCGGCGCAAAAACAGAACUGAUGCGUGGAAAUUCUUUGAUUCCAAUGCGCUUGACUUCGCGGAAAACAGUCGACUGCCGGCCGCCUUCUUCUACGAUCUGAGCACUCUUUAUGAGAAAGUAAGACAAGAGAACGUUGAACAAGAAAAGCGGGAUGAACUCGAGCCAUCACAGCCCCUGCUUGAGGAACAAAUGGCCCUUUUGAAGUCUGUGAGAGAUCUCGAGGAAAAGCUAGCCAAAGCCAAAGCCAGCUUGGACAGUUCAAUGCACAAGAUGCCUCCCACAUCAAAACAUCCUGCGUUGCUGACACAGGGAGCCUCGCAGCAACCGGCUGUUGUGUUGUCAAAAGAUGACUAUAAGAAUUUGGUGGACCUCUACUUCUUUACCCACAGCAGCCGUUUCGACCCGGAAUCGCCUCAUUCAUCUCCUACGCCAAAAUUCCUGGAAGACUACGCAUUUAAGCUCUCUGAAGACUUUGCACCACCUCAAGCCUAUGCGGAAUUUUAUGCGGAUGAUGAAGGUUAUGAAUCGCCUCUCAAGGAGGUGGAGAAGAUGCUCAAAUCAAAGCAGCUGCGCGAGAUUUCCGCCUUCAGAGCCUUUGUAGAUCUUCUUCUCGACAAUCAUUCCUCGAACUCAGCACUGUUCAGAGCUUACAAGAGUCUGCCGCAACCAGGGGUCGCUUUUCUUCCCAAGGGAACGAUCAGAUUGUUCCUGCAACGCAUGUCAACACCUUGGCAAAAGAGCGAAAAAUCAAUGAUCAGAUAUUUAUCCCUCAUUGACGACAUGCAAAAGGCCAAUCUACCAAUCGCACGGUCAGAAUGGGCGUCUGCGGUAUACUUGGCUGGCAGGUCUUUUUCCAAAGUAACAGAGUCGGAACUGAAUGCCGCGUUGCGACUGUGGAGGCAGAUGGAACAAGAAGCUGGUGUACAAGCUCACAAUGUCACUUUCAAUAUCCUCUUUGACAUUGCAGUGAGAGCCAACAAGUAUCCCCUGGCUCAAAUGAUCCUGAAAGAGAUGCAUGACCGUGGUCUUCAUCUCAACAGGCUUGGUCGUGUCAGCGUCAUUUAUUAUCAUGGGUUACGAGGCGACGGGGACGCUGUUCGAAAAGCUUACCGUGAUUUUGUCGAUGCGGGGGAAAUUGUCGACACCCUUGUACUGAAUUGCGUAAUGGCGGCGCUGUUCAAUGCCCAGGAACCGGCGGCGGCGGAGCAAAUAUAUGAGCGGAUGAAGAGUCUUCAUAUCAACACACGUCGAGAAGUACGAAGCGACGGCACAAUAGCAUCUUACCGGCAAUAUCCAGGCCCUGGUCCUGAGCUAAUACACCGCAAGCUAGCAGCGAACUCUCUACGGCGAGUAUUGCUUUUUGCGAGCAGGCUGAAGCGUAUCCUGCCGGAGCAUCAUAAGGAGGCCCAAGAAUUAAUGCCAUUGAGACCAGACCAUACAACCUUUCGGACCAUGAUCUCAUAUCAUGCAAAUAUUUCCGGAAAUCUCAACCGCAUCACAGUGUUAAUCAACGAGAUGUCGGAAUUAUUUGGUCUCCCAUUACAGAGCAUCCACUAUCAGUUGCUAUUCAAGGGGUUUGCCCUCCAUGGCGCGACAAGAAACCCGCAUGCGACUUGGAAUCUGCACCGUCUGGAUUUGGCCUGGGAAGCUUGUCGAAAAGAUAUCCGAGAUGGCCAAAUGGCUCGCAAACGUGCAAGACAGACAAAGUCGUAUCACCAUAAGCUCCCAUCCAUUGACGUCAUCAACGAAACCUCUGAUGAAAGAGAACAAUCUAUACAUGGAGAACACAAAGCUUUCAAACGUAUGAGUGAAUGGGAUGACUUUGUCCUUGACCUCGCCGCGUUUCCCAGAGAGCGAAGAAAACACAUCGAAAGAAUCCAUGCCGAGCUUUUUGACGAGGAAAGAGAGAAGAAAGAACCUCUGAUUCGAAAUCCAUUCUCUCGUUCUACCAAGGAAUCGCCACCACAUGACCAGAAGACCUACUACCCGCUGGGAGAGCGAAAGUUGGACCAAGAAGAAGGAGAGUAUGUGUUGCCCUCCCCGAUCCUGGCAAUCGAUCCAUCAAGCAGCGACCUACACGAUUCCUCUUCUCCAGAGCAGACUACGGCCGAAACGACGGGAGUCGACCCAGAACCGCAGACAUUUCCAUCCUCCACAGACACAGAUUCGCCAGACAUAGAAUCGCGCAGUCCUGCUAGAUCCGCUACCGCCGACGCACCGUUUUCCGAUGCCGAGACAGACUCCCGUCCUGAGACAGAUGUAGAAGACGGUCGCGACGUCCCACCCAUUCCGGCCACAUCCCAAUAUCAAGUGGAAGCGACGCGGCCCUUGAUCUGCUGGCUCCUGCGCGCCUACGCCAACUCGACGGGGUCUCGCCAGCAAGUGGAAGCGGUCUGGGACUCUGUGCGCCCGCUGUGGCACUCGCGCGAGCCGAAUGAUCAGGCCGCCGUGAUUCGGGUUCUGAGACGGUGUUUGAGGAAUUGCGACCGGUACGGUCCGCCUUUGUGA